AUGGAUAUUGCCGCUUUCUUUGGAGUAUGUGUUUGGAUGGUUCCUUUUGCCUACUUUAUUUCUCUAAGUGCUAAUGACAAUGCUUUACCAUCAUUUGAUCCAAAUAUACAUAAUACUGACUUUGCUCACGUGCGAAAUAAAGGUGGAAUAUUGAAAAAUCUGUUGAAUUUCGUUCUACAAAAAAAGGAUGAUUUAAUUCCAAUGGCAUCAGAUAUUUCAUCUUCCACCCUACAUGCACGGAAGAGCUUAUGA